GUAUAAAGAGGCAGACGCAGCAGAGAGAGGGAGUCGGAGGGAGGGCGAGCUCCUGGAGAACAUCUGCAGAGAACAUCUGUCGAGCGGCUGCAGGAUGCACGUCUUGGCUCUGCUCUGGACACUCGGGCUCCUGCUGAAGGAGGCGCAGGCCUGGGGCUUCAGGAACGGGAUAUUCCAUAAUUCCAUAUGGCUGGAACGAGCAGCCGGAGUUUACCACCGGGAGUCGCGCAAAGGCCGAUACCAGCUGACGUUUAAAGAGGCCAAGGCCGUCUGCGAGUACGAGGGAGGGGCGCUGGCCACUUACCAACAGCUGGAGGCGGCGAGACAAAUAGGUUUCCACGUGUGCGCGGCCGGAUGGUUCGACAGAGGACGCGUGGGCUACCCCAUCGUCAAGGCCGGCGCCCUCUGCGGCUUCGGGAAGGUGGGCAUCAUCGACUACGGAUACCGGCUGAACAAGAGCGAGAGAUGGGACGCGUACUGCUACAACCCGGACUCCAAGGAGUGCGGCGGCGUGCAGACGGACCUGCAGAAGACCAUCCAGUCGCCCGGGUUCCCCGACGAGUACGAGGACGAGCAGAUCUGCUCGUGGCACAUCCGCGUGCCCCGGGACCAGAGGAUCCACCUGCACUUCCUGGAGUUCGACGUGGAGGACGACACGUCGUGUCUGGCCGACUACCUGGAGGUGUACGACAGCUACGACGACGUCUCGGGCUUCGUGGGGAGGUUCUGUGGUGAUUAUUUACCUGAUGACAUCAUCAGCACAGGAAACGUGAUGACGUUAAAGUUCCUCUCGGAUGCUUCGGUCACGGCCGGAGGUUUCCAGUUACAGUACACGGCCUUCAACACGUCGGUGUUCUCACACAACUGACGGAUGGUUUUAAUACACUGAUGGAUCCUGUUGCUGUAUUUGUGAAGUUAUUGGUUACCCCGUGUUCUGUAAUAAAUGAGCCCUUAAGCCUCAUUAAAUGAAUAUUUCUGUCUAAUAAACUGUCAUUAAAUUGAGCUGCAGUGAAAUAACUAAAUACAUUUUUACAGACAUUUUGUGCUGUUUAGUCUUUUAACAGCUACAAAAGCAAUGAGUUUGGUAUUUUGUGGAGAGAGUUUGGUUUUUCACUUUCACUUCUCUGUUUUGUUUGCUGUAUUUAUACAGAUUUUUUAUAAUUCUUGCAUUUUGCAGGGUUUGAAUUAUGUUGUUAUUCACUGUUAUCAUAAAAAAAAACUUUAUUUAUGUAUUUAAUACAGAUGACAUUUAGAUCCAGGGGGUAAAAUAACAGGACACGUAAGAAAGAAGGCAAACCUCCCAAAUAGUUACACUAAACCGUUAUAUUUAACAUAAAUCAAAA